CACACACACGCAGGGCGGCGCCUGUCUAUAAAAUGCUGGACGGAACAUUUCUCAAACUCUGCCUGUAACUUCUCCUUCAAACCGCUAACACCAUUCGUCUGCUCGUGUAGUCCUUCUGUUCUGUAACCAUGCCUUCGGAGUUGGAGAGCUGUAUGGAGUCCCUCAUCAAGGUCUUCCACCGCUACGCCUCCAAGGAAGGCAACAGCAACUCUCUUAGCCGCCGGGAGCUCAAGGAGCUGAUGGAGAACGAGCUGAACACGUUCCUCAAGAGUCAGAAGGACCCUGCUGCGGUGGACAGCAUCAUGAAGAACCUGGACACCAACGGAGACGGGGAGGUGAACUUUGAGGAGUUUGUCUCCCUGGUGGUGGGGCUCUCCAUUGCCUGCGAGCAGUGUUACCAGUUGCACAUGAAGAAACAGCAGGCCAUGAAGUGAGGGAGGGACAGAGGAGGAGAGGAGGAGAGCUGGAGAAGAGAUAACUAACUUUUGUAACGAGUGCACUUUCAUUAAACACUCCCGAACCCCUGAA